AUGUUGUUACUGUGCGUGUUCGUUUUGUUUAUUUGUUAUUCGUCUGGACAAUACGAAGGUGACUUCUGCAACCAGAAUGGUGUGCAAGGAGUUUGCACUAUUUUGGACAACUGCCAACCAGCUAUAGAUGCCAUUAGACGUAGGCGUCAGCCACAGAUAUGUAGUUUUAUGGGCGUGGAUACAAUAGUGUGCUGUGUUGAGACACGUCAGCCUGUCGCCACAACAACCAGAAGGCCUUUGACAACAUCUACAGAGUAUGUUCCGCUUGAAUACGAUUAUAAGGAGGCAGAUCAAGCCUCUGAAGGUUCUUGUGAGAAUUUGUCGUCUGAUAUGACUGCCACUAAGACUGGACAGAAAGCCUGGGACAAAUGUAUAGAAUACCAGCAAAAAUUAGUUUACCCCUGCGAACGCGGGGUGGCGCUGACUGGCGAAAUGGCAAGAGUCAGCAAAUGCAGACAUCACGUGACUGAUUUAAUCGUGGGAGGAGUUCAGGCUGGAGAAGACGAAUUUCCUCAUAUGGUUCUUCUAGGCUUUGGCGACACUCCGGACACGGCUCACUGGGACUGUGGUGGCACACUUUUGAGUGAGCGAUUUAUCCUCACAGCGGGACACUGCACCUACAGUCGUGACAACGGUCCAGUAAAAUACGCUUUGCUCAGCGUUUUAAAGAGGACAGAUCGAAUUGACAAGAGCAACUUAUACGGGAUUCAACGUAUCAUCAAACACCCGAAUUACGACCCGCCGAGACGUUACAACGAUAUCGCCUUGCUUGAGACGGACAGACCGAUAGCUCUUGGCCAAUCGGCUGUUCCGGCCUGUCUAGACAUCGGUGCACCAGCUGAUUAUGAGAAGUCUCUUGCGACUGGAUGGGGAGCCACCGAGAACAGAGGGGUCUCAUCUGAUGUACUGCAAAAGGUGAUCCUGCAUAGGUUUUCGACGGACGAGUGUUCAAAGAUGUUCGGCCCAGAUCGACUCAUGCAGCGUGGCUUCGACCCGCGAACCCAAAUUUGUUAUGGGGACAAAGAAAAGUCGAAAGACACCUGUCAGGGUGACAGUGGAGGGCCUCUUCAAUUAAAGAACCGGCAGAUCAGCUGUAUGUACACUGUAAUUGGGAUAACGUCUUUUGGCCGAGCCUGUGGAGUCAUAGGCCAACCGGGGAUUUAUACUAGAGUUGCUGAAUAUGUGCCCUGGAUAGAGAGUGUCGUCUGGCCAUAG